AUGGGAGAUUGGAACUUGUUAGGGAGUAUCUUGGAGGAGGUACACAUUCACUCCACCAUUGUGGGCAAAAUCUGGCUCACCAUUCUUUUCAUUUUCCGUAUGCUUGUGCUCGGGGUUGCCGCGGAAGAUGUGUGGGACGAUGAGCAAAGUGAGUUUGUGUGCAACACAGAACAGCCUGGGUGCAAGAACGUCUGCUAUGACCAAGCGUUCCCCAUAUCCCUCAUCCGAUACUGGGUGUUACAGAUCAUAUUUGUCUCCUCACCGUCUUUGGUGUACAUGGGACACGCACUGUACCGGCUCCGAGCACUGGAGAAGGAGCGCCACAAGAAAAAAGCUCAGCUAAAGGUGGAGCUGGAGGAGACGGAAGCUUUGGAGGAGCACAAAAGGAUUGAGAAGGAGCUUCGGAAGCUGGAAGAGCAGAAGAAAGUGAGGAAGGCUCCUCUGAGGGGUUCCUUGCUGCGCACAUAUGUGUUGCAUAUCAUAACAAGGUCGGUGGUGGAAGUGGGAUUCAUAGUGGGGCAAUACGUGCUCUACGGUAUCGGACUGUCGCCAUUAUACAAGUGUGAGCGUGACCCCUGCCCCAACAGCGUGGACUGUUUUGUUUCACGGCCAACGGAGAAGAGCAUCUUCAUGAUUUUCAUGCUAGUUAUUGCAGGGGUGUCCCUGUUCCUCAAUCUUCUGGAGAUAUUCCACCUUGGUGUGAAACAGAUCAAGCAGGCCAUUUAUGGAUCCAAGUACACUGGAGAUGACGAAAGUAUUUGCAGGUCAAAGAAAAACUCCAUGGUCCAACAAAUAUGCAUCCUUACCAAUUCCUCACCACAAAAACUUAUGCAUUUGACGCACACUUCCCUCGCGGUUGUACCCGAUGGACAGGCGGCAACCAUGCCUCUCUAUAUGCCAAUGGCUGCUCCUCCAUCUAGCCAAGAGGUGCCAAACAGUGACCCUAAUGGAUUUGAGCAGCCCCACAGGCAGCACCGUCUUCCUAGCCAUCCUGAAUUUCAUGCUCUCCAACAGUUGGGAGCAACUGAACGACGGUCCACUUUAGACCACCGCACGCACUCCUGCAGCAGCGAGGAGUCUGGGCCCAAGGGCUCUGGACCGCCCAAGAACAUCGCUCAUCAGCCCAGAGCUUCACUCAGAGCCAGUAACAUAGAGAUACCGGCAGCGUUACGCAAACAGAGCCGAGUCAGUCAAUGUAAAGACUUCAGCGAGGAGAGCGAUUCCCAGGAGAGCGGGAACUACCCCACUGCCAGGAAAGCUAGUUUCAUGUCGCGAGGGCUUUCAGAAAGCUCGUCCGAAGGUGCAGCCUCCAAAAGUGGAUCGGACACCGAGGCCAACCGUAUAGCUCAAGGGGAGAGUCCAGCUAUGACACCUCCUCCUGCCACUGGACGCAGAAUGUCAAUGAGCAUGAUUCUGGAAUUGUCUUCAAUCAUGAAAAAGUGA